GGGCCCGCUGCUGGAGGAAUUUAGCUGGAGGAAAGUGGCCUUGACUUGCUCCCUUCGGCGUGUUCGCUUCCCUCUUGCUGUCAGCAUUCGCCACUUCGUCAGGCUUCCUGCUCUUCUCGUACUCCAUUCUAGGAGGAAUUAGCUGCGGUCUCUUAUCUAACUUGUGCUUCCUGAUUAUUCCACACUACUUCGUCAAGCGACGCGGAAUAGCAAACGCCAUUAUGAUGGCAGGCGUCUCCACAGGGCCCAUCUUAGCCCCCCUCCUGGUCCGGUUCCUGCAAGAAGAAUACGACUACACGGGCGCCACACUCAUCACGAGCGCUGUAGUGCUUCACUGCUGCGUCGGCGCCGCCCUCUUCCGCCCGAUCAGGACCUGCUCGCGAAAACCUUCGGUCGAGCAGUCUAAGACCCACGUCUGGAAGCUGCUACUGCGAGUGAUCCGCGGCACCUUCACUAAUCUCUACAUCCUAAAGUCGCCGAGAGCUGUCAUCAUCGCUGUGAGCGGGGCCUUCACUCUCAACAGCUGGCUAAACUUUAUUGCAUUAAUGCCCUUUGCUGUGCAAGCAGCAGGUUACUCUCUCCAGGAUGCAGCUUUGUGUGUUACCACGUCUGCUGUGUGUAAUUUAGUCGCCCGUUUAAUCGUCUCGGCGUUAUCCGAUUGGCCAAGGUUCAGCAUGAGAGCCUGUUACAUGGCUAGUACGGCCACCAUUGCUGCGACGACUGCAGCAUUUAGUAUGAUCCAUGACAUCACAUGGCUGACUGUAAUCAUGGGUGUGUGGGGCUUCGGAGUGGGCAGCUACAUGGGCAUCUACAACCUCAUCAUGGUGCACUACAUGGGCCUGGAAAAACUGACCUCCACAAUCGGUGCCACAUUUAUGCUGGUUGGCAUUGGCUUCGUUACCGUUGGCCCGGCGAUAGGCCUGAUCCGAGACCUGAGCGAGAGCUAUUCGGCGAGCAUGCUGGUCUUGGCCGGCAUGGCGGCCGUGGCCUUUGUGCUCUGGGUCCUCAUGCCGGUCGCCGCUCGCUGCGACCAGCGGAGGGAGCAGAGACAACGAAAUAAAUCUCAAUGAUAAUAAAACUCAGUUUCUCACAG